CUAAUUGUCCCAAAUAAAAGAACAAUGUGCGAUUUGUCCUGACUUCAAAUCACUAGGAGGAUUUUUAUCUUUUUUUUUCCAAGUUUCUAAAAUCCUAUCCCCGCUCCAUAUCCGACCUGCCAAACAUGGCCAAAAAGGUAUAUAAUUUUCUUUGACUACAUGGAUGUACAUACAUCAGUUUCUCUGUCAAAUCAAAACUCUCGUACUCUCAUAUUAUAUUAUCCAAUGUAAAAGAGACUCCGAAAGACUUUACUCUAGACGGUAUUAUUAGGUCCACUCGUACGUAUAAAAAGAAGAAAAGGCACGCUGUUGAACGUGGAAAUAUCUCCUACUCUUGCAUGUAUGAUCAAAGGAAAAGUAGUUUCCGAUGACUAGGUCAGAACACGGCACAUCUCUACAUUACAGACGGAUGAGAAUUGGAAACAGAAUGACUAAUUUCAGUUUCUAUUUGGUUUAACACGUAAUUAAAAUUCGUUUCCUUUAUUCAUAUUUGGUUUGAAACUUGUUCAGAAUGAAAUUUCAUAUUUAAAUUAUUAUUCAUAAAAAUCAAUACCUUUUCAGUUGCUUUCCCUGUUAUUGGAACUCUUGGAAAUUUGUCCCAAUAAGAGUGAAUACACAAUGAAGCUUUUAAAUAGAGCAGCCCAUAGCCCCCAUGUCCACAAGCAGUAGCACAAAAAUGAUCUGUAGUAUGGCCUUCUUUAUUUCCUUUCCUCUCGCUCUUUCCUUAGCUGUGUUUGCUGCAUCUCCUCAACCACUUCCAUCCAGAAAUUAUUCCUACCAUGCCGACGAAUGUAAUGCCUUAAUCCUGUUCAAAAAUUCACUCAAAAUCAACGAUCGAAUUGAGUCCAAGCGAUUAUGUCAUGAAAGUCAUCAUAAUUUCACUUCAUCUCCGAAGACAGCCUCUUGGAAGGAAGGUACUGAUUGUUGCACCUGGGACGGCAUCACAUGCGAUGAUAUUACCGGUAACGUAAUCUUAGUGAACCUUACUUGCAGUUAUCUUCAAGGCACUCUCCAUUCCAACAGCUCCCUCUUUUCACUCCAUCAUGUUCAUAGCCUCCAUCUCGGAGGUAAUGAUCUCACCGGGCCUAUCCCAUCUUCAAUAUGCCAAAAGAGUUCUCUCAAUGUCCUGGACUUGCGGGAUAAUGACCUGACUGGCACCAUCCUCCCAUGCUUGGGUAAUCUGAGCAAACUCAACAGUCUGGAGUUGAAUUAUAAUCGUUUAGAGGGGCUACUUCCAAGAACUCUAGCAAACUGUACGAGUUUGAUGCAUCUUGACGUCACUGGCAAUGAAAUAAAUGAUACUUUCCCUUUCUGGCUAAGAUCACUACCACUUUAUAAUUUGGGAUUGGGCGGAAACGACUUCCACGGACUCAUUACAUUGGGUCAUGCCACAUUUCCUUUCCCUUAUCUUAAGUACCUCACAAUCCGUCCAAACCAAUUUCAUGGCCAGUUGCCACCAGAAUACUUGCAAGUGUCAAACCUGACAAUUAUCGAUCUAUCAUGGAACAUGUUUGAUGGUAAUCUCCCGAUUCCGCCAACCACUGCUGAAGUAUAUGAGGUCAGUGGCAAUAAAUUUACAGGAGAUAUCCCUUCCUCUUUCUGUAAUAUCACUACUCUAUCCAUCAUUCACAUGUCAAAUAAUAGCUUGUCUGGUAAGAUUCCUCGGUGUCUCAUCAAUUCUAUUACCGAUCUAAAGCGAUUAGACCUAUCAAUGAAUAGAUUGCGAGGCCCCAUUCCAGAAAUAUUAGCUCCAAACAAUUGCAGCUUGAAGUCCAUUGCCUUGAGAAGGAAUCAUUUAGGAGGCAAGCUUCCACAGUCAUGGGCAAGUUGCAGGCAGAUGGAAGCUUUGGAUCUUAGUAACAACGAAGUGGAGGAUUCGUUUCCUAGUUGGCUUGGAACUCUUCCAAACUUGUACAUUCUCAUCCUAAGUACCAACAAGUUCCACGGUCCAAUAAGUAGUCCCAAAGCCAAUCAUCCGUUUUCAAAGGUGCACAUCUUUGACAUCUCCAACAACAAUUUCAAUGGUACUUUCCCGAGCCAGUACAUCGCUAAUUUCAACAACAUGAUGGGUGGAGAUAAAGGACAAGGGAGUUUAGGAUAUAUGACCAACGGGUGGUACAGUUUAGAGUCCGCAAAUGUGAAUUACAAAGGGGUCCAAAUGGAGUUGGUAAGGAUUCAAAUUGCGUUAUCACUCAUUGACUUAUCAUGUAACCGAUUCCAAGGGGAGAUACCCAGAGUUAUUGGCAAUCUACAGUCACUUAAAGGGCUCAACUUAUCUCAUAACAACCUUCGAGGUGUUAUCCCAUCUUCUCUUGGAAAUUUGACCCAACUCGAGUGGCUUGAUCUAUCAUCAAAUAACUUUGCUGGAGAGAUUCCAGCAGCGUUGGUAAAUCUGACAUCAAUAGCCAUCUUUAAUGUUUCCUCAAACCAGCUCACAGGACAGAUUCCUCAAGGGAAACAAUUCCACACUUUCAAGAGUGAUUCCUUCAGUGGUAAUCCCGGACUAUGCGGACCUCCCUUGCCAAAACCUUGUACCGAAGGCCACCGACAAGAACCCCCAUUGGCUUCCCAGAAUGAAGAAGAUGCAGAGCACUGGAUUGACUGGACAUUAGUGCUUCUAGGAUAUGGAUGUGGAACUGUGAUCGGUCUUUCUAUGGGAUACAUUUUCAUUCAAAUUAGAAGGCCUCCUGCGUGGCUCGUCAAUAUGGUCGAGAGAAGUCGAAUCAGAACAGCAAGUAAACCACGGAAGAGCUCUCCGGGGACUCAUGGAAGGAGUCAUUGAACUCAAUGAACUAGACAAAUCAACAGCUGUCCAACUAUGCUCGAGCUCGAAGAUCAUGCAUUCUAGUGAUAUGCAUAUAGUAAAUAUUGGAUGCCUGAUAUACUUGUGUUCCAAUAGUUUGAGUGAAUAGAGUGUCAUAGUGUGUAUAAUUCAUUGCUGUCAAUGUACAAUAUCAGUCUCGAUGUAAUUCAAAUAACUCGUGAAGUGAACUUCUGUUCUGAUGGAUGAAUUAGCUUUUUGA